AUGAUCUUUGACAAUGUUGUGGAAGAGAGUGUGACAUUUUGUGUGGAUACCUCUGGUAGCAUGUAUAACUGUUUACAUGUAGUGAAAGAACAAUUAGUAGAAGCUUUGUAUAAACAUGUCAAACAUUCUAGUGGUUCUCCUUUAUUUAAUAUCGUAGAAUUCAAUUCCCAAAUAACUCAGUGGUCAGACAAGAUGGUCAAAUGUACCCCGGAAACAGUGGCUGUGGCAAGUAAAUGGAUUGAUGAACUGAGUGCUAAGACAGGAACAAAUACAAUGGAUGCAUUAUUAAUUGCUUUUGGUGAUCCAGAAUGUAAAGCUGUAUAUUUGGUGACAGACGGCCUACCAGAUCAAAAUCCAGAAGAAAUUUUAGACCACGUUGGAUAUGUGGACAAUGAUCGUCCAGUCCAUUGUGUUUAUUUAAUGGGUGAAAAAGCUGAUGAAUCUGCAACUGAAUUUUUAGAAGAUUUAGCCAUAGAAACUUAUGGUUCAUUU